GCACUUACAAGACGCACACAUGCACACUAUGCGGAUCGGUCGGCCAUCGCGAAGGUUUCUGUAAGCAGCAACGUACCAAGAAGCAGCCCCAUCGAAAGAAGACUUUUCGUAAACGAGCCAAUAUGCAAAGUGUCACCGUGAAUGUGAACAGCCUACAUCAUCGGAGGAAUUUUUUAUCGUGUUCGGUCAACGGUUCACAAAUUCGGCUCCAACUGGAUACAGCAUCGGACAUCACCGUGAUUAGUCGUCGGCUUUGGAAACGCAUCGGUAGCCCGCAAUUAUUCCCAUCAUCUGUAAUCGCGAAAUCGGCAUCUGGUGACAAACUCGAAAUGGAUGGAGAAUUUCGAGCAACGGUUGGAAUCAACGGGCAGGAGAAGCAAGCUGUAAUUUUCGUGGCAACAGGAGAAUUGGCCUUGCUGGGAAUCGACCUUGCUGAAGCUUUCUCCUUAUGGUCUGUGCCUAUAGACCAGCUGUGUAACAAUGUUACCAGCACAGCUACUACUCCGGAGGGAAUCGUUCGAAAAUUUCCCGGCCUGUUUAAAUCAACGAUGGGUUUUUGUGCGAAAGCUGAGGUUACACUACACCUGAAGCCGAAUUGCAGUCCAGUUUUCUGCGCAAAACGUCCCGUAGCUUAUGCCAUGCGCGAUGCAGUGGACGCCGAACUUGAUAGACUGGAGCGGCUCAAUAUCAUCACACCAGAGUUAAUCUUUAUCUAG